CUGUAAACAGGCCUCAGAGAAGCAGCGGCCUCCAUCUGUUUGCUCGCAAGGUUUACACCUUGAUGGGCAGGCGUCUGAGGGAAGCUGUGCUCCACACUGGAUAUUUCUGAUGAGCUGCGGUUGAAGAUCUGGACCUGUUUUGAGCACUCUCUGGUCAACUGCACGCACCUCAUGGUAGACCGUCACCUGGACCAACUGCUCAUGUGUGCUAUCUACAUCAUAGCUAAGAUUACCAAGGUGGAGAUACCCUUCAAGCGCAUUAUGAAGUGCUACAAGUCUCAGCCACAUGCCAGCAACAGUGUCUGCAAAAACGUGCUGAUUUCGGGAACAAACGAAGAAAAUUCUCCUACUGAAAACAUCAAUAAUAGAGACCACAGCAACAGUAUCCUGACUCCCAACACACCAUCAACACAUUAUCCAGGAGCUUUUCAGGAGCAGAGGGGCAAUCUUAUCUACUUUUACAACCAGGUCUACACGACAAAGAUGCAGCACUUUGCCAAGCAGUUUGCCCUGACCUCUGGGGGUGAUACUCCUCCUUUGUCUCCAUACCCCCGACAGUGGAAAGCAUCUCCUCUCAGGCACCAGCUCUCCAGCAGCCCCUCCAUCUUUAUUUCACCAUACAACCCUGAAACCCACUCCCCUCCCACAACUGGACUGUGCUACUUCUUCAACUCAAGUCCCCCAGAGCGUCUGCGUGAGAUCAACAACAUGAUCAGAAGAGGCAGGUCACCCAACAGGCGAUGCUAUACAGUGUCACUGCAUGAGGAGGAGGAGGGGGAGGAGGAGGAGGAGGAGGAAGAGGAAGGAGGAGACGGCCCUUCUGCAAAAAGGCUUCGCUUGGACGAUCAGUCAGCCUGGCAGAGGCGACUAAGGAACGUGGUGAACGAUCGUGUCACAAGAAGGAAACAGGACCAGCCUUCUCCAGUUACAAAGCCUAACCUUCAUUAGAGCAGGGAGGAAGUCUCACUCUGCUCCUGUUUCUGAAGCCAUAACAACAAUGUCAGACAUCAGAUGAAAAGGAGAGAGCAGCUUUGUCUUCUUAUCGUUAAGAAUUCCUUCUGGCCAAGUUCUUUGUCAGCUGAAAGUACUGUCUGCAGUUGGAGCUAAAAUUACGCUUUUUCACCCUCUUGCUCUGCACUAUUUUUGACACCAACAAUACUGUCUAAGUGUCCUUGACUAAGGCACUUAACCUUCAGCUCACUGGCCAAUGGUAGUAGAUUGUGGCUGUACUGGGCAGCUCCCUGGUGGAGGUGUAUGUUGUUGUAUGAAUUUGAAGUAGGGCAUGCCUACAAAGUGCUCGAUUGAUUUUCUAUGGAUAAAUAUAGGUUGGUGUUAGCAACAGAACUGCAGUUAAAACUGCUGUUAAGUGUGGGACAAGCUCGUCUGCACAUCGCAUCAUCCUCAGUGUCUAUGGCCUACAUCAAUACUUGAUUCUGAUUGACUAGAUUCUGAUUGAGUGAUGAUAUAAAAUGUCCAGUGCAAGCAACUCUAAAACAACUUUUAAUGUGUUUUUGUUGUUUUCUUUUUCCUGUAAUGAUGCCUUCUUGAAUAUAUUUAACAAUUUUAAAAGGUAAGCUGAGUUGAGACUGUUGAAAACACAGUGAAACAUGAUUUUUCACUUUCACACAGGAAUGAAGUUGUUGAGUAUGAGGACAUUUGAGGAUUUGUGAAACUAAAAAAAUCUGCUUGAAUAAUGUCUCUAUAUCCUAUCAUCAGCUUUCAACCUUAAUAUCAUAAUAUCAAUAAUGAUACAAUAGGAUGUUAGCUGAAGACUUGCACACUCCACCCACUAAUGUGUUUUGCUUAUUGUUACAUCAUUUGGAUGUUUGACCUUCAUUAACUGAUGGAUGUGUGGUAUGUGUUAGAAAGCUGUUUUCAUAUUCAUCUACUGAAAAGACCAAAUUUCUCUAAAUGAAAUCUGAAUUUAACGUGUAUAUACAAGCACUACCUGUGACAGCAUAACUUAUUUGGCAGCCAAUCAUGGUCCAGUAUUCAACUUACACAAGCGUAAUGUGGAAACUUGAAACUUUCAGUGCACAUAAACUGAGAGUGGAUGAUUUUCUGUGUAUUCAUAGAUUCUGGGUUUUUCUACAAAGAUGUUUUUUUUGUUUUUUUUUUCCAAAAAUAAGUGAAAACGAAAUGCUUUUCAUGUGUUCCUCCAAGUGUCACCAUACACUCCAGAUUUUGAAAAGCAAAUCAAAUAAAUAUACAUUUAUCCAA